AUUUAUUUACGUCACGUCGUUAUUUUGUAACCAUCAAAACUUUGAGUUACUUUAAAAUACAGGCAUUAUCAAAAAUUUAAAUUGGUUAUAACAUUAUAAAACAACCUUGGGCUUGGCCAUUCUGUAAAUAUCUUGGUCUUGGUUUUUGUAUCCAACCUUGAAAAUGACUAAAGUGAGCAAUGAAGAUGUGGAAAUAAGAAAAUUACCUGCAGGCUCAACUUUUAAACUAUGUCAAAUUCUCGAGAGUGGUGAUGGAUGGAGACAGUUGAUGGCUGCAAUACCAAUUUCAUGUCAAGAGGGGAAUCCACCAAAAUACACAGUUGAACAUAUGAAGUUAAUUGAAAACGCAGGAAUGUGCCAAAAACGUCCCUUUUCGGAAAUACUUCUUGAGGAAUGGAGCACUAGUGGUAAAUGUCGACCAACUGUUUCUGUGUUGCUUCAGUGCCUCUUGAAGGCUGAAUUGUAUCGUGCUGCUGAUUAUGUCGCUGUUGAACUACUUAAAGUACCCCCACCCCCGAGGCCACAUACGGGCCCGGCAGCUACCAUCACCGCGGGAGGAGUUGACUUUACUCCCAGUGCUCCUCCCGCACCCUCCUCCCCUCUACCUACCACCUCUGAACACACAGCGGAUCCUGCAGAGCUGCUAGUGUCUCACGUCAAAGAGAUGACCAAAUUGCCCUAUGCACAGCUGGAGGAGGUCACUGAUGGGUUCGCUGCUACACGUUUGCUGGGUGGAGGUGCGUGGGGACAAGUGUACCAAGCCACUCUGCCCCGUCUCGGCCCGGUAGCUAUCAAGCGACUACACCUGGCAGUGACGGGGGGACCUUGGGAACCUCUGCAGCAGUUCCACAACGAGAUUGAUGUUCUGGCGCAGUUGUCCCAUCCCAACCUACUGCCACUGCUAGGCUACUCGGAGGAUGGCCCGGCGCUCUGUCUGGCGUAUAAGUACAUGAGGCAUGGCUCCUUGCUUGACAGACUGGCGUGUACGAAUGGGAGGCAGCCUCUGCAGUGGUGUGACAGACUGGUGAUUGGUCUAGGCUCUGCACGAGGUCUGUGUCAUCUACACACGGUGUUGGAGAGGCCCCUUGUACACCGAGAUGUCAAGUCCGCUAAUAUUCUGCUGGACGACAACUUUGUUCCCAAGUUAGGUGAUUUUGGCCUGGUCCGGAUGGGCUCUAACGCCAACCACACCCAGACAGCGGCCAUUACUACAAACGUCAUUGGCACAUCGGCAUACAUGGCUCCCGAGGCCUACAGAGGAGAUGUGUCCGUCAAGAUGGAUGUUUUCAGCUUCGGGGUGGUCUUAUUGGAGCUAUUGACAGGCCUGCCUCCUUAUGAUGAAAACAGAGAAGGUCAUGACCUCAUAACUCAUGUGGACGACGCUGAUAAUAGAAAUGAACUAGUAGACAAUAGAGCAGGAAACUGGCCUCAACACGUCGUUCAACAGAUGUUUGAACUUUCCGACUUGUGUUUGUAUGAGAAGAAAAGACGACCGUUGAUGCCAGCUGUAAUUGAAAAACUAGAACCGUUGAUUUGCUAGUUGAACAUGAAGAUAACCAGUAAAAUGUUAGAGUUCAAGCGUGUAACAUGGACUAUAGACCGCAAUACUGCGUUGGUAAAUUUCUCAUCCAAAUGGAUCAGUUAAAUACAAUUUUAUUGUUAGUUCCGCCCAGUGCACUGUAGCGAUCAGCGUCACCAACAUGAACUAUGCACAAAAACGAGCUUCAUCAUUUACAAUGGGAUGAGAAGUUUACUUGUGUUGGAAUAAUCUAUGCAUACUUAUAGCAUUGUACAUAGCAUUGAUAUAGGCCCCCGUAUGCUGCAUGUACUGAGCUACAGGUACUCUAUCACUACUAAUGCAAUCAAAAUAUACAUAAUUGUAAUAUUUGAUUAAGAACAAAUUGUAUUAUGUACUUGUCAAUUAAGCAGGUUAGAUAAUAGUGCAUUACUCUUACCUGAACAUAACUUGAAAUGAAACAAUUAAUGUUCCAAGGAGACCGAAAAACUGAAAAUUUGUGUUUAGUUGUUAUUUGCCGCUGAACCCUUCCCGGACGGAUGACGGAUAUAUCCGCCUAAGUCUUUGGCAAUAAAGGACGGGUGGCGGAUAUAUCCGCUUAUAGUUAUUGAUGUUCCGGACGGGAAGCAGAUAUAUCCGCCUUUUCUUCAGACAGACUGGCAGGUGCUUGAGCAGUAACCAGAUGUUUCGUGGUACCAAAGCGCCACUUCCUGCUCUCUCAAUGGCUGAGCUCUCUCCCGCCUACCCCUCUCCCGCGCACCCCCCACCUCUCCUACAGUCUUCCCUCGACGUUUCACGCUCAACAUUACGUUGUCUUUAUUGAUUGUUUAAACAUAUUGUUCUUUAUUUAUUGCCUAACGUUGUCAUGGUCAUAUCUUCAAAGACAGUUGGCGGAUAUAUCCGCUGCUUUUCUACUCAUCCGUGGACGGGUAGCGGAUAUAUCCGCAUAGAUAAAAACUAGUACAAAAUUAUUUUGACAGUAUGAAGUGUUCCAUUGUGUUUAUUUUAUGUAUACUUGUAUAACAAAACACAAAUAAGGAAAAUUAAUUUUUAUUUUUUCUUAUAAUUUUUUCCAGUUCUAUGUCACGAUUUUGCCUGUCCGGGAAGGGUUAAUACUUUAUCUAUAGGCCUAUAAAUAAAAAUUAAUCCCUUUUUUGAUAGUAUUCCAUAACUCGCGAAGGAGUGCACGAAUUGGAUGAGUCUUUUUUUGUUGUGUUCCUUAGUGCCAGGGGAAGGUUUUUAUGUAAGGAAAUUAUUAAUCCAUCCAACUGUUAUUUAUUAUUUAGAAUUUAAAAAUUCCAAAAAAAAUUGCCUUUACAUUAGCUCACUCACUUUAACCUGGAGGCGAGUGAGGCAACGAACGAGCUCCAAGCCAAAGGUUGAAUGAGCGUAGCAAACAAACUUCAACCAGGACGUGAUUGAGCGAUGCAAACGAGCUCAUUUUGAAAAUGUACAAGCAUUUGACAUAAAACCACAUUAGGACAGGACAACGCCUGUCGGGCCAGCUAGUAUUCUAAUAAUUACUAUGUAUUUAAUUAUUUAGUUUUCAUUGACAUAAUUGAAUUCUUUGUAAACCAGGGUAAUUCCUCAUUGUCUUAAGUGUGAAUGUAGCCAUUGUCCAUAAUUUUGGUUGCAUACUUUGCCUUUGUAUUAUUUAUCUGUUGGUUCUAUAUUAUACUCAAGUUUAAUUUAUACGCAACAUUUGGUGCUAUUAAAAGUAAGUACUGUAAUAACAAUCACACAGUAUUGAAAUUAUUCAGAUUUUGGCUGUGCUGUUUAAGAUAGUGUUAAUUUUCUUUUAUACACUUUCAUUUUUUAUUUUCUAUAAACAGGGUGUUUUUCUUAAAUCUAUACUCAUACUGUAAUUGAAAUGAUUGUAGAGCUGCGUUUACACGAGGCCAGUAGAGCAGGCAGGUUACUUGCCUUUAAUGUAUUUCAAAUUACCUGAGGCAAGUGGCCUGCCCGCCAAAUAGCUGUGUGUGAAUGUGGCUAAAGGUAGUUUUUUAAGAUAAAGCAUUUUAAUUCAAAUAAAUCUAGUUUUAAUUAUUGACUUUUUUACUUUGUUUAUCAUUAUUAAAUUAAGACAUAUGCAGCAUUAUGCUUUAUUGCAUUUAACAAUUUUUCAUGACAAAUAGGCUAUAUUCUGCAUUCAUAUAUUUUAUUGUUAAAAGACAA